AUGCCCAUGCAGGGGACCCAGGGGAGGCUGCGGGGCUCCCUCAACAGCACAGUCCCUGCCACACCCCACCUGGGGCUGGCCACGAACCAGACAGACCACUGGUGCUUUGAGGUGACUGUCCCCAGUGGGCUUUUCCUGUCACUGGGGCUGGCAAGCCUGGUGGAGAACACACUGGUGGUGGCUGCCAUUGCCAGGAACCGCAACCUGCACUCGCCCAUGUAUUAUUUCAUCUGUUGCCUGGCCGUGUCUGACCUGCUGGUGAGUGUGAGCAAUGUGCUGGAGACAGUCAUCACGCUGCUGCUGGAGACAGGCACACUGGCUGCACAUACAGGCCUCAUACAGCAGCUGGACAACGCCAUCGAUGUGCUCAUCUGCAGCUCCAUGGUGUCCAGCCUCUGCUUCCUUGGUGCCAUUGCAGUGGACCGCUACAUCACCAUCUUCUACGCCAUGCGCUACCACAGCAUUGUGACACUGCCCCGGGCUCGCCGGGUCAUUGCUGCCAUCUGGGCGGCCAGCGUGCUCUCCAGCUCUCUCUUUGUCACCUACUACGACCACACAGCCGUGCUGGUCUGCCUCGUCAGCUUCUUCCUUGCACUGGUGGCCCUUAUGGUGGUGCUAUACCUACACAUGCUGGCCCGGGCCUGCCACCAUGCCCGUGGCAUUGCCCGGCUGCACAAGCCGCGGCGGCUGGUCUACCAGCGCCUCAGCCUCAAGGGCGCCGCCACACUGUCCAUCCUGCUGGGCUUCUUCUUCCUCUGCUGGGGCCCCUUCUUCCUGCACCUCACCCUCAUUGUCCUCUGCCCCCAGCACCCCACUUGCAGCUGCGUCUUCAAGAACUUCAAUCUCUUCCUCGCUCUCAUCAUCUGCAAUUCCAUAGUGGACCCCAUCAUCUACGCCUUCCGUAGCCAGGAACUGCGCAAGACACUCAAGGAGGUGCUGCUGUGCUCCUGGUAG